AUGACGCUGGGUGUCGAGACCUGCCUUACCAAUGCAAGAGGGCCCCCAGCUGGAGAACUGAAAGAAAUCAGCGGCGACCUAAUAGAAAUCAGGUUUGCCAAGUACUACAAGAUGGAGAAUGGCAGUGAGUACCGCACACUCCUGAAGGCUUUUGGCAUCCGCUUUGACGUGCUGGUGUAUGGGAACGCUGGCAAGUUCAACAUCAUCCCCACCAUCAUCAGCUCUGUGGCAGCCUUCACGUCUGUGGGAGUGGGGACUGUCCUCUGUGACAUCAUCCUGCUCAACUUCCUCAAGGGGGCCGACCAGUACAAAGCCAAAAAGUUUGAGGAGGUGGACGAGACAACGCUGAAGGUCACUGCCUCGGCCCACCCAGUGUGCCCCAGCGACCAGACCACCGAGGAGAAGCAGUCCACGGAUUCGGGGGCCUACUCCAUCGGCCACUAAGGCCUCUUCCAGGGCCCCAGGCUCACCCUUGGGCUCCAGGCCUCCCGAUAGGGCAUCACACCCGGGUGAGGGAGGAUGGAAAGGGGCGGGGCUUUCAUUUCCGCUGCUCACCCCACGAAGCCACGCCGGACCCAGGUGUCUGGGCCUCCCAGUGCCCUGGCAGACAGGUAGUUCCCCCUGCUAAGACCUCCAUCUCCCCUUCACCCCUUGCCUUGCCCCUGUCAGCUUCCCAGGAGCCCCAGCGCAGCAGCACCUGAGUUUUCUCCCUUCUGAAGAGUAGAGAGCGUAAUAGUAGUAACAAGUGGUCACAAGGCACUACCGAGUGCCAGGCAGCAUCACACACAUUAUCUCAUUUAACCCUUAGAAUAAUCCGAUGAGGUAGGUAAUAGUUUCCCUGUUUUGAAGAUAAACUGCGGCUCAGAGAGACUGAGUCGUUUGCCCAAGGCCACACAGCCAAGAAGCAAGAGGGCUGCGAUUUGAACCCAGAUCUAACUCCAUCACCCACGCCCACAAGAGAAGAGUGAACUCCCAGGGGGCAUCUGCCCCUGCAGCUUCAGCCUUCGCCACAGGGACCAGGAUUAGGUUCUGCUGAAUAAAGAGUAAGCACCGGGCUUUCAACAGGAACUCAGGCCCCAUUUUAGGGGAGACCAGUUAGAUAGUGAUGCAGGUCUCUCUCUCUGACUUGGGUGGAUCCCCAAUUCAGAAGUAAAGAGGAGGCAUGACUUAGCUCUGUCCCCAACCAGGGAAGGGCCAUUCUGUUCUCUCUCUGGGCCCCCCACUCCAGCAGUGGAAUUAGGCCACCCCUAGGGUGGGCGUGAUUCCCAGACCCAGGCCCUUUUCUUAGCGGGCCGUGCUCUUUUACGAUGCUGGUGAACAGGCUGCAGUGAAGCCCGAUGCCCUGUGAGCAGGUGGUCAGCCAGGCCACCCCCCACGGGGUCCUAAUCGGUGGUCAGUGUUCAAGUGCUAGAAUCCCUUUUGUCCCACUCUGUUGUUUACAGAGGAACAGACUGAGGCCAGAGAGGGGAAAUGACUUGGGUCACACAGUUAGUGGCCAAACGAGAACCCAGGUGUCCUGCAAAAGCAAAGAGCCAGAAACCCUGCUGUGGGAGCAUCUAGUCCCCCCACACCUCUGUCAGCCUGGCGUCCCCUCCCCUUUCUGGACUCUCCUCUGGUGAGAGGCCCGGGAGUCUCCCAGGGCAGAGCUCAGGAGCAGACCCAGGUCUUCAGAAGACUGAAGCAUAUACAAUUUAGGGCAUCUUUUCAAAAUAAUACGAAAUUAGGUAUUAGAAGGGGCUCAUGCAUGAGGGUGGCCCUGAAGGACGAGUUUCAUUAGCCCCACUGUCUGGAGGUGUCUGGAAAAGUUGGAGUGUAGGCAUGACCAUGUGGUCUGAGCUGCAAAGAGCUUGCCUGCAGAUGGAGGGCUGGCCCCUCUACAGAAGGUGCAGGGAGAUGGUGGGGUGUAGAGGGGGGCAGCUUUGGGAGUCAUUUGGAAGGGACUAGUUUAGGAGCAGUGGGCACUUGCAAAGGCCUGACCCCAGUGAUGCCCCGCUCUGGGGGAAAAUGGGUCAGAUUCCAUCGCAGGAGGCGCAUCACCCCUUCCCCUGCUCGGCCUUCACCCCCACCUCAUCCUCAGGCUGGUGGGAUCACACCACCCCAGGGGUGGCCUCGGGCAUCAGGCCGUGUCCAGAGAUCUGACGAGCAGAGACAUCAGCGGAGGCCGCGUUCUGCACCUGGGAGACCCACAGGCAGCCCUGGCAGGGGUCACAGGGAUGUUCCCUGCAGAGGAGACUGCAGCAACCAUGUCCUCCCUUUCCUCCGGACUGGGGUGGUCGUCCCGCGGGUACAGCAGCCACUCCUGGGCCUGCCAGCAAGUGUGUGAACUCGGGACGGCGAGCCUGCCGUGUGGGCCACACGGAGCUGAGCCACGGCUUCUGGGCACUAGAUGGACAGCUGUUGUCUGUAGUAGCGACAGCAGCUGGCUGGGCCCUGCCGCAUCGUGGCGGACUCGGCACAGUCCCCAACGCGCCAACCCUGCUGGGGUUGCCGUGGCUUGUCACUAAUCCUACCGGAUGGAAAAAGAAAUCUGGAAUCCGUGGAAGUUUGAACUGGAGCCCAUACUCACUCCUAGCAGUCCGUUGUGUCUGUAGU